AUGACUUCGAAUAAUAAAGAAUUCGAUGGCUGGAGUGAUACUCCUCCCAAACAGGUUGAGGAAGAAAAAGUUUGGGGUGACCCUCCUAAAAAUCUUUCAAAAUCCGAGCUCAAAAAAGAUACUGAAGAAAAUCGUAUUACUUCGGAAACUAAAGAAACUGAACCUUUUGUAAAAGAAAAAAAUACUUUAGAAGUUACUACUGAAGAAAAUAAUGAACCAAGUGGUUGGGGUUCCCCUCCUAAAAAUACUGAAGACGAUAGUUGGGACCCUUCCGGUAAAAAUGAUAAAAAAGGUUUCAAUGAAUCGAGAAGAUAUAGUAAUUCUUCUCAACAUUCUAAAAAAUUACAAAAUGAUGAAAGUGGUUGGGGUUCAAAUAAACCUGUUGAUAAUUCUACCGGGAAUGAGGGUUGGGGUCCUGUAGAAAAGUCGGUUGAAAAUGAAAAUUGGUCAACAAAUAGCAAUGGUUGGAACACUUCUACAACUGAUGAAUUCAAUAAGGAUCAUCAUAAACAUGAUAAUUAUCAUCGUGGAGGACGUGGUGCUCAUCGCGGAAGAGGAAGGGUUGGCAAUCAAUAUUCACGUAAUGAUCGUGAUAAUUUCAGAAAUGAUUUUAAAGGUGACUCGGAUUUUAGAGGUCAUAAUCAACGUUCUUCUUUCUCACGAAGUGGUAACGAUAAAUAUAAUGAUCAUGAUCGCGAAAAUAAUCGUGAGAAUGGUAGUAAAGAUGAAAAUGUUGGUGACCAAAACCAGAAUGCACAAAAAUCUGGAAACUCUAAUGAUAAUACUCAUUCAUCUAAACCUGAGAGUACUCCUUAUGUAAAUAAAGAUCGUGUUUUAUCUGGUGGACGUGUUAGAGAG